AUGACCCACACCCACACCCAAAAUGAACAAUCCUUAAAUAUCGUAGGCAGUGUAUUUAUUCGUCUUGAUGAUAAAGCACGUGAAGAUUUGUUUUGGAUAAGACAUGGACAAUGGCGUAAUGUUUCAUUGUAUAUCAAAGGUAUAGUUGAUGAAGAACAACGACGAAAUCAAACAUUUCCAUCGAUUUUUGUCAUGACUGAUGACGUUUUAUUAAUGAAAUCAAUUCAAGAUUAUGCUAAUUCGCCGCCAAUAGGUGCUGACGAACUAUAUACCAAACAGUAUUUACGCGAAUGA